GGGAGAGGAGGUGUAAGGAGUUGGAGGCCGGGUUGAUGAUUGAUUCCACCGGGAAGGUGGAGGGUGAUUCCGACGACGACGAGAGCGAGGAGGACGAGGAAGAUGGGGAUGAGGAAGAGCUGGUGGGUGCGGUGCCUCUAUUCCGUCUGCGGAGACAUGUGGAGAUGUAUCUGAGCCUGGAGCAUCUCUCCAAGGAACUUGGCCCCGAGCACCCCUUCUUAACAGCACAGGAAGCACGGGUGAUGCAGGUGAAGAAUACGAUCUUGUUGGAUCUGGGCACGGCACUCAAGCAGGCACGGUCGACGAAGGUGCCAAAUAUGACGAGAAUCAUGGCUAUUAUGGGCCUCUAUCGGGAUCUUGAUGAGGCGAAGGAGGCGUUGAAGGUCAUCAAGAACGACGCGACCCGGAAGGUCGGGUGAGCUCGAUGAUUACGACUCUGACUUGUACUUUACCGUAUUCAUAUAGCAUUUGGAAGCGCGGGAGUUUGGCGAGAGAUCAACGACAACUCUCAAUGAUUCGAUAUGUUGAAGCCCAUCCACC